CUUGACCAACAAAAAUCGGCAACAUGUCCUCCAUCUUCAAGCGCCGCCAGCCACGGCUGUUGCACGUCCUCAUCCAUCUCUUCCUAGUAAUCCAACUCUCCAGCUCGCUUGCGGCUGGUACGUUCAGCAACCGGACUACCAUGCCAGUUCCUUGCCGGCCGGACCAGGCCUCGGCGCUCCUCCGUCUGAAACGGUCCUUCAACAUCACCGUGAAUUCUACGUGCACCCUCCAGUCCUGGCGGCCCGGCACUGACUGCUGCCACUGGCAGGGUGUCAGCUGCGGCCGCGCCAGCGGCCGGGUGACUUCCCUCCACUUGGGUGAGUGCCGUUUGGAAAGCCCUGCUCUUGAUCCUGCCGUUUUUGACCUCGCCUCACUUCGGUAUCUAAACCUCGCCCGGAACAAGUUCCAGGGGUCAGAAAUCCCCACUCUCGGGUUUGAGCGGCUCACUGAGCUCACCCAUCUCAACCUCUCUACCUGCGAAUUUGCAGGCGGCAUACCACAUGCGAUAAAACGCCUCACCAAUCUGGUAUCUCUUGACCUCUCCAGCGAAUAUUAUCUUUAUGACCAAGAUGACAGUUAUCUAUCAACUGCCGUGUGGUCAGCCUGGUCUCUCGUAGAGCCAAACCUUGGGUCAUUAGUCGCUCACCUUCAUAAUCUGGAACAGCUAUAUCUUGGCAAGAUAGAUCUGUCUGGCAAUGCGCCUAAUUGGUGCAAUGCCUUUACCAAUUCUACAACCCCUCGGCUACAGGUUCUUAGCUUACCUAAUUGCUGGCUCUCAGGUCCAAUUUGUGCAUCAGUUUCCGGCAUACGCCCGCUCACUGAGAUUAACCUACAGUUUAACAAAAUAAACGGACCAGUUGAGUUAUUUGCUGACUUACCUUCACUAAGUGUUCUUACACUUACCAACAAUCUCCUCGAAGGACGGUUCCCGGCUAAACUCUUCCAAAACAACAACUUAACAGAUAUCGAUAUUAGCUAUAAUUUCGAUGUCUCUGGUUCAUUACCAAAUUUUUCAUCACAAAGCAUGUUGACCAAGUUGCUUGUCAGUAGUACCGACUUCUCUGGUAUUAUUCCCAGCUCAAUUGCAAACCUCAAAUCCUUGAACAUGUUGGGUCUUGCAUCAAGUGACUUUCCCCAAGAGCUUCCCUCUUCGAUUGGCCAACUUACAUCCUUAAAAAAAUUAGAGGUAUCUGGGUCUGGUAUAAUAGGAUCGAUACCACCAUGGAUCGCAAAUUUAACUUCUUUGAUCUGGCUCCAGUUCUCGGACUGCAGUUUGACUGGACAAAUACCUUCAUUUGUAGGCAAUAUAAAAAAUCUAACGAGGUUACAGUUAUACAACUGUGACUUUUCUGGCCCAAUACCCCCACAUAUAUAUAAUCUGACUCAACUGCAAUUCCUAUAUCUUCAUUCCAACAACUUUGUUGGCAGUAUACAACUCAGCCCAUUCUGGAAACUACCACACCUAAUUAGUUUGGAACUUUCAAACAACAAACUUUCAGUGAUCGAAGGAGACGAUAACUAUUCAGCCACCUCUAUCAAUCAUUUAAAUGUCCGUACCUUAGGUCUAGCAUCUUGUAACCUGUCCAGUAUCCCUAAUGCCAUGAGAAAUAUGCCUCGUAUUUCUAAUCUUGAUAUUUCAAGAAAUCAAAUUCGUGGUGCUAUACCUCAUUGGGCUUGGGAAACAUGGAGCAGCAUGCUAAUUCUGGACUUAUCACAUAACAAAUUUACAAGUGUAGGAUAUGAAAACCUUCCCGUUGAUGUUGUGUUUCUUGAUCUCAGUUUUAACUUACUCCAGGGGCCUAUACCUGUACCUACACCAGCCGCAUCGUCGCUUGAUUUCUCAAACAACCGGUUCUCAUCCAUACCACUUAGCUUUGGUUUUCAACUUAGUCGGAUGCGCUAUCUCCAGGCCUCUAGAAAUAAUAUCUCUGGCAAAAUUCCACCAUCGAUUUGUGAUGCGAGUAGUCUAGUGCUCCUUGAUCUCUCCUACAACAAUUUGAGUGGCUCGAUCCCAUCUUGUUUAUUGGAGGAUAUAAAUUCCCUUGCAGUCUUGAACUUUAAAGCAAACCAACUUCGAGGGAAGUUACCACAUGAUAUCAUGCAAGGUUGUGCAUCCGAGGAAAUGGACUUCAGUGACAACCAAAUCGAAGGCCAAGUUCCAAGAUCUCUACUUGCUUGCAGAGACUUGCAAGUUUUUGACAUCGGAAAUAACCAGAUCACUGAUAAUUUUCCAUGUUGGAUGAGCAUGCUUCCAAAGCUUCAAGUCCUGGUGCUAAAGUCUAACAAGUUCUUUGGGGAGAUGGGGACUCCUGUCCUAGGAAAGGAGAGCAACUGUGAGUUCACAAAGCUGAGAGUUAUUGAUUUGGCUUCAAACAACUUCUCUGGUACGUUGCAGAGCAAGUGGUUUAGGAGCUUGCAAUCAAUGGCCAGAAAAUCUUCAAAUGACGUAGUGUCGAUGCAAUACCAGCAUGUCACUGAUGGGACAAGAUAUCAAUUUAAUACUGCAAUUACAUAUAAAGGGUCUGAGGUCGUAUUUUCCAGGAUUUUGGAGACCCUUGUUGUCAUUGAUGUUUCAAAUAAUGCAUUCCAUGGUGUCAUUCCCAAGUCAAUCGGGGAGCUUCUUCUACUUUGUGGGAUAAACAUGUCACAUAAUGCCUUCACUGGACAAAUACCAGCUCAGUUUGGUGCUCUACAUCAACUAGAGUCACUUGACCUCUCUUCAAAUGACCUGUCAGGGGAGAUUCCACAGGAGUUAGCAUGGCUUGACUUCCUUUCGGUAUUGAACUUGUCGUACAACGGGUUGGUUGGGAACAUACCAGAAUCACCCCAUUUUCAGACAUUCAAUAAUCUUUCAUUUCUGGGGAAUAUUGGCCUGUGUGGACUACCAUUGUCCAAGGAAUGCGAGAAGACCAACCCAAAUAUGGUCUCACACUCAUUGAAGAAGAAAUCGGUGGACAUUAUACUAUUCCUCUUUGUUGGACUAGGAUUUGGUGUCGGAUUUGCAGUUUCAGUUGUUGUGAGUGUGACAUGGGGAAGCACAAUAGCAAAACAUCUUGAGAUGGCACUUCCUCGUGGUGUAGUAAAGUAUUUGUUAUGUAGAUUAGUCUGAACCUGAAAAAGGUGUCAGUGUUAGUAAGUGGAGCAGCUAUCUUUAUUGUUGUCACCAGUGCUAUAUAACGCAAAGUCUAGUUC